GAUUGACAGCGAAGCUGGGAGUCGACAACUAGACGCAGCAGAGUUAACAAUGUUUCUUCAAGCUUAUCAAAAUUAUCAGACUGAUGGAAAUGGAAAACAUUCACACUGAUCCGGGAGAAGAACCUGGAAUAUAUAACAGAAACUUCUAACGAAAGCAAAAGGGGAAAAAAAGAACUCGGAAAACGAAGACCCACUUUCGAAACUCCCUCGAAAGGGCACAGAACAGCAUUUAAACUUCCCGCCAGACCAGGAAGCUGACAGUUUUCCCCGAGCACAACAACAAACCGCAGCAGCAAACGUCGCCUCUGAACCGCAAGUAGAAACCCAGCAAAAUGUAAUUCUGGCUCAGUUACAUGGGGGAUCGUAUGCCUCAGACCCUAACCGUCCAGUCACACUAACAGACGCAAUAAACAUGUCUGAAUUCCUGAAGAACAUAAAAGAAAAUGCCUUAAGAGUCCUUGGAACAGGCAAAGCUAUAAGGUGUGAGGUAUAUAACCCUUCAGAAAUGAGACCACUGCACGAAAUGAAUAAAACUAGGCAAUUGGGAAGGAAAUUGCGAGCAUCCAGCUUCCAGUAACAACUGAUCCUACAAAACCAUAUUCCCCGUAGAAACAGACCUGAAAAUAGACAACUCAAAAGAAAAAAAUAGAACAAUGGGAGUCAAAAUUCAAACAUCACUCAAAUAAGGAGAAUAAAAUAAGAGAAAUAAAGAACUAAACAGUAAGGAAAAAUGGAUUGAAACAAAAUCCAUAAGACUAACAUUUCAAGGGAAAUGCCCAGAAAGAGCUGCUAUAGGGCACAUUUCUUACCAAGUUCACCAACACACUUUCCCAAUUGUCAAAGAUAUGGUCAUUGCACCAUUAAAAAAACAAAGGUGCAGUAAAUGUAAUGGAUUUAAUCAUAUGUUCAAAGACUGCAACAAUGAUCUGUAAUGUUUUUACUGCAAGGAAAACCACACACCGAUAGACAUAAACAUUAAAUUUCAUAAAAUGGAACAAGAGAUAAAUAAAAACAACACAACACCAAAUAACCAAGAAGUGGGAAAAAUAACAGUUACAAAAGAUAGAACCAUUAACAAAUGAAGAGCGAAAACAGCAUAAUAACAGCACAUCAACUGACACAUCAAGAAACAACACGCAGGUAGUAAACUCCUCCCAAAACACAAACAGGACACAAUUCAACCUUCAAAACACAAGACAGGAAAGUCAACGAUUUCAAUAAAAUCAGAUAGGUGGAGGUCUAGCCUUCUGUGUAAAAAACUCUCUUCAAUAUAAAGAUAUAAAAUUAAAUGAUAAUCAAGAACAUAAACUUGAAGUACAAGCUAUUAAAAUACCUUCUAAUAAUAAAUGGCUGUGUGUAUUGCUAAUUCAUUAACCAUGUAAUAAUAUUUUAUGACAAGAAAUGGAACAUUAUUCAAACCAAUUAGAGGAACCAAAGCUGAUCAUGGGAGACCUAAAUGCUCAUCACCCAUUUUGGAAACUAAACUUAAAUCCAAAACUCACUAAUAAAAUGCGCAAAAAUGUUUUAGAUUUUCUAUGUAUAAUGCUGAAAUAUUACUAACACCAUUAGGCCAAACAACAAGGAUUGAUCCAAAAAUAGGCAAAACUUCAACAAUAGACUUAAUAAUAGGAUCUCCAAUGUUAAGUCACUUCAAAAUAACAUCAGGCCCACAUUUGAAUAGCAAUCAUCUGCCAGUGAUUGUAAAAAUUAGCAGUAAUCAAAAUUCAUCUCAUAAUAAAGAAAGAAAAUGACAUUUCGUGAAAGAGGGAUGGACUAAAUAUUAGAAAGAACUGAAUAAUUUAAAGAUAGAAGACACAAAAACUCUCUCAGCAUUAGCUAAUAUGCUAAAAGAAAUGGGGGAAUGUUUCAUUUAACAAGAAAAAAAACUAAACCAAACAAACCCUGGUGGAACGAAACUUGUCUCGAAGUAAUAAAGUAACAAAUGGAGAAAAAAAACUAACAAAGAAAAUGAAACUGAAUACAAGAAACUCAUUGCUCAAAGUAGACGAGUAAUAGAAACAGAAGAGAGAAAGGCAUGAGAAAACUUUUGUAAUGAUUAAGACUAAGACCCCAACUAAAAAAAAGUUUGGUAUUUUAUAAAGAAGCAAAUGGGCAAAAUAUCUAAUCAAAGCUACCCUGUAAUAAGCAAUGAUCUCCCCAUUACAAAUAUGAAUAAUAAACUAGCUUUAUUCAAAGAAGAAUAUAAAAAGAUUGUUGGAAAAGAACCAAAUGAUAUCUACUAAAGCAGAGAUAGACAAACUACUAAACCUCCCUGAUACUAUAAAUCUAAACAAAAAAAAUAACAGUGGAAGAUUUUAAAAGAACAUUAAGCAAAACCAAGAAUGGAAAGGCAUAGGGGCCAGACGAAACCACUUAUGAAUUUUACAAAAAGGCACCAGACAACAUACUAAGAUUAAUUCUAAAAGAAAUCAAUGAGCAGUGGUUAAAAGGUGAAUACCUAGAUGAAUUAAAAAAUAUUGAUAAAUCCAAUAAUCAAACCAGGGAAAAAAAGAACAGAUAUUAGGUCUUACAGAUUCAUCAGUAGAAUUUCUUGCUUAGGAAAGAUGUAUGUAAACAUUAUAAAUUGCAGAAUAUACAUAGAUAUACAUAGAAAACGAGAUGAAAAUCAAACAGGUUUCAGACCAAAUAGAUCAAUCACAGAUGCACUGCAAAUAAUUGAAUCAGUAAUAAAUAAAACAUUACAUGAAAAUUUGCUUUGGUAGCCUGUUUAGAUCUAGAAAAAGCAUUUGACUCAGCCAACCACGAUGCAAUUAUAAUAAAGGCAGCCAAACUAGGAAUCAAGGGCUCACCUCUAAGAUGCUCAAAGAAUUUCUUGGAAAGUAGAACAUACCAGAUAACAAUAGGAGAAGAAGAAACAACAAAAAUAUCAAAGGGAGUACCUCAAGGCUCACGUUUAAGUCCAACACUAUUCAGCAUACUAAUGUCAGACCUGAGCCUCCCAAAGGAAACCUUGUAAAGUAAUUUAUGCAGAUGACAUCACGCUAAUUUCCCAAGACAGAUAUUUUAAAGGCUACUAACAUCUUAAAAAGUGCAGUUAAAAAUAUAAAAGAAUGAACUGAUAGAUGGGAUCUGAAAAUAAAUGUCAAAAAGUAAACUCAUGUGUUUCACCAAUAGAAGAAUUCAAAGCAUACCAGAAAUUAGUGUAGAUAAUGAAAAACUACUAUUCAAAAAUAACCAUAAUAUAUUAGGAUUAGAAUUUGAUACCCCCAAAUUAAAUUGGAAAUCACAUACAGAUAGAGUUAAAACUUCAUCUCACAGAAGGAUAGAUAUAGCGAAAAAAAAAAAAAACUGUCCACAUUAUCGUGGGGAGCAAAAAGGGAAACACUGAUAAUGUCACACAAAAAACAAAAGUUACCCUAAACAUAACUCAAAUACCACGAUAUUGAUCAAAACACAGAAACUAAUUUUAUGCACAGUCUCACAAAAAGAUACUCCUGAAGAAAUAAUCAGGAAUCAAUUCCACCAGAUGGAAACCACAAUAUACAAAAAACAUGAUGAGAUAUUCACAGAUGACUCGAAAAUAGAAGUCAAUUCUACCUCAGCAGCAAUUUACAUUAAAGACAAAAACAUCACAACAAUCUGGAAAUUACCAAAAGAAACCCAAAUAAUAGAACUCGAGUUGUUUGCCAUGAACGAAGGACUAAGAUAUAUUAAAAACAACAGCAUGAAAAACUCGGUGAUAUACCCAGAUUCUAAAUCAGUAGUUCACUGCAUACAAAACACUAAUCCCAAAAACUACAAACACAUUAUAUUUGAGAUACAAUCAAUAAUUUGUAGCCUAACUGAAAACAAACAAAAAACAAUAAUUCAGUGGAUACCAGCACACAAAAACAUAAAGGGUAAUGAAAUAGGAGACCUUGCAGCAAAAACAGCUCAUAAUAUAAGUGAAGCUUUUAAUAUUACCAAAGACAUUUCAUAUGUAAUAAAAGAAAAUAAGAAUGAAAACCAAAAGAAUUGGGAAGAACAUUUGAAUAAGCCCCAAAUACAAAGAACUACUAUUUAAAAACCACCAGCCCCCAACCAAGGACAAGAUAAAAAAGAUAGAAAGUUAGACACAUGCAUUACAAGACUAAGAACAGCGCACACAAUAAAAAUUGAAACUGAUCCCUUUUGCAGAUGGUGCAAAAUUCAAGAAGCAGCAGAGAAACAUCUUUUCCUCCAUUGGCCAAGAUUUAAUUCUAACAGUGAUAUUGCUGGAAGCAUUAAAGAAAAUAAAAAUCAUUAAUCCAAAUGUAAAACUUCCGAUUACAGGAGUAGAUCUGCCAGAUGAUCAGAAGUCCUACAUACUAAGACACCAAAAUAUUCCUACAAAAAACAAAAAUUAUAGAUAUAAGAAGAAAGAAGAAUCAUGAAAAGGUUUCAGGGGAUAUAGACAAAAAGAAUCUGAAACCCUAUAAAAGAAGAAAGAAGAAAGCGAAGCUGGUUGGUUGUCACUGAGAUCUUGCAUAACAGACAACAAGACGAAGAGAAAGUCAGACAGAGAAGAUUGAAAUAAGAAGAGACAUGUGUAGUGUAAAGCUUGAUAGAAAAAAAGAAAGAGAGAAAAGGGGAAAAAAUGAGGACAGUGUAAACUGAGACAAUAAUAACCAAAGAAAAUUAGAAUUGUGUGUGAAGAUGGCUGGGUUGACAAUGGCGCAGGACCAGUUUGAGGCAGAGUUUAGAGAAGAGUUAUUUCAAAAGUAUCGGCAGUGUCCGAAGUACUUGAUGCCAAAGAAAGUCUAUUCUAACACCAUUGAAGAACUAAAGACUGCAGCCCAGAACACAUCUUCCAAGUCUCGGCAUGGAUACUACAUUCUCCAGAAGUAUGAAGUUCUUCAGUGUGGAGACAGUGAAAAGCUGAUCAAGAAACGCAAGAGUGUAGAUGAAUCGCCAGUCUACUAUGUGACCAUCGAGGAUACUUAUGACAUCAUUAAGAGGGCACACAUUACAACAGGGCAUGGUGGACGUGACAAAAUGAAGUGCAAUCUUGGGGCAAAGUAUGCUAACAUCACCAAAGAAGCUCUUGAAUUAUUCAAGUCCUAUUGCAUCACAUGCCAAAAAAAGAGGAAGCAAAAUAAGAGUGCUGGGGUAGUUGUGAAGCCCCUUUUGAGCAGUGAAUUGAACUCUCGUGGCCAAGUUGACCUUGUGGAUAUGCAGUCAUUGCCUCAGGCUCAGUUCAAGUGGAUCAUGGUCUACCAGUGCCACCUCACCAAGUUUGUCAUACUUCGAGCGCUUGCAUCAAAGAGAGCUGCUGAAGUUGCCUUUCAACUGCUUGACAUAUUCCUUCUGUUUGGAGCUCCUGCCAUACUGCAAAGUGACAGUGGUUCUGAAUUCACAGCUAAAGUCAUCUCAGAGUUGAAAGAACUUUGGCCACAACUCAUCAUGGUCCAUGGGAAACCAAGACAUCCACAAAGCCAGGGUUCAGUAGAACAAGCCAAUGGGGACAUCAAGGACAUGUUGCAGGCAUGGAUGGCAAACAACAAGACACAGGAUUGGUCUGUUGGCCUUCGUUUUGUUCAACACCAAAAGAACUCUGCUCAUCAUUCCGGUAUUAAGCGCACUCCAUUCAAAGCAAUGUUUGGCACUGAUCCUAGGGUGGGCCUGGCAUCAUUGAGACUUCCUCCAGAGGUCCUUGAAAGAUUACAGUCAGAAGAAGACUUGCUCACCCUCUUUGCUCGCCCUUCAGAAGAUGAAGUUCUUGCUCAAGAUCCCCAGCCUCCACCAGCAUCUGCAGCACCAGCUGCCACCCCUCAGCCAAAACCUGCUCAAGACCCCCAACCAUCACCUCUUACAAAAUGCCAAAAUAUGGGUAGAGAGUGGAUGACUUCAACAGCUGUCAUUGAAGAUUUAAGUUUAGAAACAAAAUUGCAUGAUGAAACAGUUGAAUUCAGUGCUGUUAAGGAAGAAGAUACUGAAGACAUCAGUGGGGAAAACUACCACAGAAUAACAGAAAUAAGUGAUGAUACAGAUGAAGAGAAUGCUGUCUAUAUAAUGGCUGAAGAUGUGCAUACAGAUAUGUGUCCAGUAUCAGUAGAAACAAAUUUUGCAAAUGUGGAAGGAAGUGAAAGUGACUCAGAUGAUGGAGAUCCAUUGCAUGUGGGACCAACUGUGAUUGAUGACUCUGGGGACACAGACCCUUCAGAUAGUGAAGAGGCAACCCCAGAGGUGGAUCAUCGCAAGGCAAAAUAUAAACUGUUAACAAGCAAACAAGUGAAACCAUACAUCUGUAAAGUCUGCAGUAAACCAUUCUCUUUGAAAGGCAAUCUAGUGCAACACAUGAUUGUUCAUACAAAGGAGAAAACUUUUAGUUGUGACGUCUGUAGUAAAUCAUUUUCUUGGAAAAGUAAUUUAGUGAGUCAUAUGAGCGUACAUACAAAAAAGAAACCCUUUAAUUGUGAUGUAUGUGGUCGAGGGUUCUCUGACAAACGUGUUCUAGUCAGGCACAUGAGAGUGCAUACAAAAGAAAAGCCUUAUGUCUGUGACAUUUGCAACAGAGCAUUCUCUAUGAAAGGUACUCUAGUUAGGCAUAUUAGAGUACACACAAAAGAAAAACCAUUUGUCUGUGAAGUAUGUAAAAAGUCAUUCACUUGCAGACAUCAUCUAGUAAAUCAUAAAGCAUUACAUAAUCCAGAUGUCAGACAAUUCACACCAACUCCAAGUGUUUAUCCCUUGAUGUACCCAGACCAGUUCUUCCAUAUUCUGCACAAUACACCAUGCUACUGUUUCCACAACAUUGGGGUUCCCCAGAUGCACAUACAAGUAGUGGGAAAUUCAGGAGGCUGCAUCCUCUCAUCAUGUCCACCGGGGGUUCCUCAUGGCAAGCCACCAGGCAGGGUCCGGCCCAUCUCUAGCUCUUCACCACAGCCUAGAGUCAUGAACUGCACUGCCGAGGUAUAUAAGACUCUAAAUGUUCUCACCACAAUGACUUUGGACAGUAGCUCGACCCAGUAUCCAGUCUGUGCAACUGUUGAAAAGUUCUCAGGAUCUCCCACGGUCUAUUGUAGACUGACCAGGAGUGAACCCAGAUUGCUCCAGCAGGUGGUCUCUGAUAUGUCUCAGAAGGAUGUGAGCAAGAACCUUUCCCGGUAUAUUGAGUGGUUGGAACAACCUGGUACAACUGCACAAAAUGCUCAGCCCAAUGCACCUGCACCUCAACAGGACAUGAGAUUAUCGGGCCACUUGCAGAGCGAACUACAGUUAUCUGUCUUCUCAACUCCGAAAGAGCGGACCUCUCAACUCUCAGUCGCUUCAGCUCCCUCGACAGUAGUGGUAAAGAGCGGACGUUCAAGCCACCACCCUGACACCUGCCUGAGGUUUAGCCUCGGGCAGUCACUCCAGCAUGAGAUCAGAGAUGUGGUCACUGGCAUAUGGCAGAAUGAUGGAAGCAAGUGUCUGACUAUAUACAAUGUACAAAUGGCUGUUAUCAUGGAGGAUUCGGGUUUAGGUAUGGAAGUUCCUAACAACACAAUUGAAUUCAUUGCUGUUAAGGAAGAGAAUACUGAAGAUAAAAGUGAAGAGAACAGCCAUAGAAUAAAAGAAGUCAUCGAUGAUAUUGAUGAAGUGAAUGCUAUCUAUAUCAAGACAGAAUAUGAGGUGAAUACAAGUCCAGUUCAAGAAGAAAUCAACAAUCUGAGGGAAGCAGUUUCUAUUAGCUCAGAUGUUUUGAUGUGUGAAGAGGAAGAUCCAUUGCUCUUGUCAGAGCCGUUUGCUUCUAAGGUCUGUGGGGACUUCUGCUCACCAGACCAGACGUUCCAUAAGAAAGGCAGUGAUGAGGAAACGCACAAAAAGCUGGAUGCAAAAGAGAAACGUUUCAUUUGUGAGAUCUGUGACAAGAAAUUCGCUCGCAGGAGUAAACUUUUAAUUCACAUGAGAGUACAUACAAGAGAAAAGCCCUAUAGUUGUGAUGUUUGUAAUAAAGCCUUCUCUCAAAAACAUCACUUGGUGGAACAUGUGAGAAUCCAUACAAAAGAGAAGCCUUAUACCUGUGAAAUAUGCUCUAAGCCUUUCUGUGGGAGAAGCAAUCUUGUGAAACACAUGAGAGUGCAUACAAAGGAGAAGCCAUUUAGUUGUGAUAUGUGCAAUAGAGCUUUCUCUGAGAAAGCUGCUCUGGGGAGACAUGUGAGAAUACAUACAAAAGAAAAGCCAUUUAAUUGUGUGAGAUGUAGUAAAUCAUUCUCUGAGAAAGGUAACCUAAUGAAGCACAUGCGAGUGCACGCAUAAGAGCCUGAUAAUUAUGAGGAGAUGAGAAAAAUGUUUUCCCAGAGAGGGACAUUGUUGGUACACAGGGCUUGAUAUCUCUUCCCUUGCAAGGAGGUGAAGUGGUCUUGUAGGACCAAAUACCAUUUUACUAUUAUCUACACACAAGUUACUAGUGCCCCUCUGUAGAAGCUUCUGUGAAAAAGAAAAUGCCCUUGUUCUUCUGAUUAUCCCUUGUGUGUUUGUUAAUAUAUCCCCAUUGAAUAUAACAUUUGUUGAUAGUUAUACUUAUGUAUAUGUCAGAUAUCUUGGUUGAUAUCAAUGUAUUGAGUUAAAGUUUAAUUGCGGUUGCUUUGGAAACAAGUUCCUUUUCA